AUGAGCGUAAUAAUGUGUACCGCCGGUUACGACCACACCAUACGAUUCUGGGAAGCUCUCUCCGGUAUCUGUUCUCGUACAAUCCAACACGCCGACAGUCAAGUUAACCGUCUCUGCAUCUCCCCCGACAAACGUUUCCUCGCCGCCGCAGGCCACGUAAACGUAAAACUCUACGACAUAAAAUCCACAAACCCCGCCCCCGUACUUUCCUUCGAAGGACACACCAACAACGUCACGGGUGUAGGUUUCCAUUGUGAGGGUAAAUGGAUGGUAACAUCGUCUGAAGAUGGAACCGUGAAGAUUUGGGAUACCAGAACGGGAACGGUGCAGAGGAAUUAUAGUCAUGGAAGUCCGGUCAACGAUGUGGUUAUCCAUCCUAAUCAGGGGGAGCUGAUUAGUUGUGAUCAGGCCGGGAAUGUUAGAAUUUGGGAUCUGGGAGAGAAUAAAUGUACACAUCAGUUGAUCCCGGAGGAUGAUGUGCCCGUUAGAAGUGUUACAGUCGCCACAGAUGGUAGUAUGCUCGUCGCCGGCAAUAAUACAGGCAACUGCUAUGUUUGGCGUAUGAUCCAAAACCGCGACCUAACCUCCCUCGUCCCCGUCACAAAAUUCCAAGCUCACACAAAAUACAUCACCCGUGUCCUCCUUUCCCCAGACGUCAGACACCUAGCAACUUGUUCGGCAGACCAUACGGCAAAGAUAUGGUGCGUCGAUCCUCAGCAAUUCUCACUAGAAACCACACUACACGGCCAUCAACGGUGGGUGUGGGAUUGUGCGUUUAGCGCAGAUAGCGCAUAUUUGGUUACUGCUUGCAGUGAUCAUUUCGCCAGACUGUGGGAAUUGUCGACUCAGAGUAUUAUUCGACAGUAUAAUGGACACCAUCGUGGAGCGGUUUGUGUAGCUUUGAAUGAUUAUAGUGAGAGGUAG